AUGGAGGCUAACGCAUGCUCCCCUCUGUGGCAGAGUGGAUCUUCUGAUAUAAAAGGUCUAAAGCUAGAAGGCUUUCUGGCAUUGUCUAGGUGGUUUGUCGUUAAUGAGGAGGGUUUUAACCAUACCUUUACAUCCACCAAUGGAGUCAGUAACAUUGACGUAACUCUUUCUAGUCCUAGUCUCUAUCCAUUGAUAGGGAACUGGAAAGUCGAAGUGAGGUGGACUAACAGUGACCAUAGGGUUUUGGUCACUAUGCUAAAAAGUGCUGAGUGCAGUUGCGUAAUUCGGGAGGCAAGAUUUAACAUCACGAGAGCAAACUGGAAGGCUUUUCGAGAAAAGUUCAAUGCUGAGGCCGGUAAUUUAGAAUGGUCGGUCUCUGAUAAGAAACAUGCAGAAGUCAGAGCCUGUCAAAUCACUGAGGCAAUACGAAGUGCGGGUAAAGCUGCAAUCCCCAGAAAAAAUAAGUUUGGUAGGUCUGUUCCCUGGUGUAAUGAGGGUCUUACCAGGCUGAAAGGCGGGGUUAAUGGAGCAAGGAGGAGAUUCCAGAGAGAAAAGGAAGAUGCUGCGAGAUUUAAUCUGAAGCAUAACUAUAUGCGUCUCAGAAAAACUUACACUGCCGAGGUUACCCGAGCUAAGAACCAAAGCUGGAAAGACUUUGUCUCUAAAUAA